CUUUUGCACUCGGUUCUGUUGUACACAGAGGGCUAUAAAGCACCCGCCCCAUCGCUCUCAAUCACAUCUCACCGAGGAAACGAGAAUCACCUGCUUCUGCCUCUGCUAACCAGCGACACAUCCACAAAAAUGGACCCUUGCGAUUGCGCUAAGAGUGGAAAAUGCAACUGCGCAGGAUCCUGCUCCUGCUCCAACUGCUCCUGCACCAGCUGCAAGAAGAGCUGCUGCCCCUGCUGCCCCACAGGCUGCCCUAAAUGUGCCUCUGGCUGCGUGUGCAAAGGGAAGACCUGUGACACUGCCUGCUGCCAGUGAUGACCCUGUGCAGUAACCCCGAUUCUCCUCCCGAGAACCUUAACACUUAUUUUCCAUUAUGUAGGCACAGAAUGAUUUUUGUACUGUCUUUGGUCCUG